GACAGACAACAAGUGAGAGAGCUGCGUCAGUCCGAAAGACAAUCAGUACUGAGGCGCUUCUCUCUCCUGCCGCAGACAAAGCCUCGUCAACAUGGGGAGGAUUGGCAAGGAAGUGGCAGGUCAGAUCAUAAGCUUCAUUGGCUUUGUUGGGGUGGCGGUGACCUGUGGGAUUCCCAUGUGGAGAGUGACUUCCUACAUCGGUGCCAACAUCGUGACAGGUCAGAUAGUGUGGGAUGGCCUGUGGAUGAACUGCAUCAUGCAGAGCACUGGGCAAAUGCAGUGCAAGCUGAAUGAGUCUGUUAUGAGACUGACCAGAGACCUGCAAGCCGCCCGAGCCCUGGUCAUCAUCGCCCUCAUCUUCGGCUUCAUCGGCUUCCUCAUCACCUUCAUUGGAGCCAAGUGCAUGGGCUGCCUGAAGACAGAUUCAUCAAAGGCCAAGGUGGUGAUCGCAGGCGGCUGUCUCAUCAUCAUUUCUGCCAUCAUCGUCCUGGUCCCCGUAUGCUGGUCUGCAGCCAUCACCAUCACAGACUUCCAGAACCCCUUGACAAUCGAGACUCAGAGGAGGGAAAUCGGAGCCUCCAUCUACAUCGGCUGGGCCUCUGCUGCGUUUCUUCUGCUCGGUGGGAUCAUCCUAACCACAUCCUGCCCUCCUCAAAAACCCAUGUAUGGAUAUCCAGGCUACCCACCGGCACCAAUGUACCCUUAUGCAGCUCCAAACCCGGCAAUGUACGGCCCUGUGUAUGCUCCGGCAUCCAGCCGACCAUAUUCAGGCACUGGGACAUACUUACCAAACAAACCAUAUGCAGCACCAACCACAUACUCUGCUAGACAAUACCUCUGAAAACUGAAAGGACAGAAAGAGGAUAAAGACUGCGGAUGGCUUCAGGAUUUGUAAUCCCAUUAGUAAAACUGCACCAAAACACAGAUUGUAAUUCUAAAGGAUGGUAUGUAUCCCAAAACAUUGUUGGGAUUUGAAAUGAAUUCACUAAUAUUCACUGUGACCUCUGAUGAUUCUGAAUAUUUCAUAACAUGUUUUGCUCUUUUGGAUUGAUUCUAUGCUCUUAAGUAGAAAUCUUUCUAGUCCAUGAAGUCUUGAUGUGAGAGGAAUAUUGUGUCAACAUGGCAGUGUAGCAGUGAACGCUGAAAUGCUUUUCCAAUAAAUCAGUGUCGAUGUAUUUAUGAGCCGAUUUUAUACAUAGUUAUGAUUUGAGAUGUUGAUGAUUUCUGUAAAUGUCACUUUAUUUUUGAGAAUUUCAAUAAAACGUAUAUAUCACUUCACUGUUUGUGGAGUCAUUAUCCCAA